AGCUUGACUCUGCGGAAACAGCUUGUCCACGGAACGUCUUCCUUCGCAAUCCUCACGCUCGUGAGGAAUUUCGGCGCUGUGGAAGUGUUCUCGUAGAAAUUCGAAGGACCGGGAUUCGAGGGGAGCUUCUCAGAAAUGAUUUUGUGGAUUUCAGUGUGGAGAUUGGGGUGGUUGUAGCUGGUUUCGUGGUUGUUUUUGGUGGGUUUCCGAUUGUGUUGUUUGGUUUCUGUUUACUCAAGUUGGGUCGUCCAUGACGACAGCGACAAUUGUGGACACACUCAUGUCCCGUCUUCCCACUCCAUUUUUUCAGUCGCAGAAUCGAUGCGCCUACCUGCUGACGAGAUGGUGCCCUGUGGCCGGAACGCGGAUUCAUCCACACAAGAAUGUUGUUCUUGGAAGCCGCAGCAGGAGGAGAUUGAAUGUGCUUCGAAUCGGGAAUUGCGAGGGCCUGGGAAGAGGAUCGUCGCUCGGUCCCUCAAAGCAUGUCAAUGGAAAGAUAACUACAAUACGUGCUGCUGGAGGCUAUUUCUCGGUUCAACCUAGCUCAAGGCGCAACGUAUCGAAAAAAGAGUUUCCUCUAGAUAAAAAAUUGGCAGAUUUGAGGAAAGAAUUUGAAAAAAAUGCAGACUACAAAGGCUUAGAUGCUUACAUUGUUCCGUCUGAGGAUCCCCAUCAGAGUGAGUUUAUUGCAGAUUGUUACAUGCGCCGCGCUUAUAUCUCAGGAUUUACAGGAAGUGCAGGCACAGCUGUGAUAACCAAGGAGAAGGCUGCUCUAUGGACUGAUGGCCGCUACUUUCUGCAGGCCGAGAAUGAGCUUGGACAUGAGUGGACUCUCAUGCGGGCAGGCCAGCCAUACACCCCAUCCACUAGUGAGUGGCUGAAGGAAACUUUACCAGAGGGAGCUAGAGUUGGAAUUGAUCCGUUUUUAUUCUCAGCUGAUGCAGGUGAGGAACUGAGACGAGUCCUUGCUGAGAAGGACCAGGAACUAGUCUUAGUGUAUGAGGACAACUUGGUGGAUAAGGUGUGGGGGGAUGCAAGACCUGCACCACCUUCAGAACCUUUAAGGGUGCACGAACUACGGUAUGCCGGGGUUGAUGUGGCCACGAAGCUUACCAAUCUGCGCAAGGAAUUGGUCAACGCAGGGGCAUCGGCAAUUAUUAUUACCAUGCUUGACGAAGUGGCUUGGCUAUUGAACGUGCGAGGUAACGAUGUGCCUCACUCGCCGGUGGCAUAUGCGUAUGUGGUGGUCGGACUUGAAACUGCGUCCCUCUUUGUUGAUGAAUCCAAAGUCACUCCUGAAGUUUUAGCCCAUCUGAAUGAAGCUGGAGUCACAGUGAAGCCUUAUGCAUCAUUAGUAUCUGAAAUCAAAGGGUUGGCAUCAAAAGGAUCCAAGUUAUGGCUGGAUUCUUCAAGAGUAAGCGUGGCCAUUAAAAAUGCAUUCGACGAUGCUUGUGCGCAAUAUUACGAAGACCUGGAAAUUGCAAGGUCUAAACGUAGUAGUAAGGGGAAAACCGCAUUUGACGAAGAACUCAAUGGGCCAGCUGCUCUGCACCGACCUUCACCUGUUGGCAUUGCAAAGGCUAUCAAGAACGAUGCAGAGCUUGAGGGAAUGCGACAAGCUCAUCUAAGGGAUGCUGCUGCACUUUGUGAGUUUUGGGCAUGGUUAGAGAGUAAGAUAGUGGAUGAAAAGCAACAGAUAUCCGAGGUUGAGGUUGCGGAUCAUCUUGAAAAGUUUCGGGCAAAGCAGGCAGGCUUUUUAGACACGAGCUUUGAGACUAUUAGUGGAUCUGGACCAAACGGUGCUAUUGUACAUUACCGAGCGGAAGCAGCGACGUGUAGAUACGUGGAUGAUAAACAGCUGUACCUGCUAGAUAGUGGCGCUCAAUUUGUGGAUGGCACGACGGACAUAACGCGCACAGUUCAUUUCGGAACACCCUCAGCUCGCCAGAAAGAAUGCUUCACACGAGUUCUUCAGGGCCACAUUGGAGUGGACACUGCUGUGUUCCCUGAACAUACACCAGGAUUUGUGCUAGAUGCAUUCGCUAGAUCAUCACUCUGGAAGAUCGGCUUGGAUUACCGUCAUGGAACGGGUCACGGAGUAGGAGCAGCAUUAAAUGUACACGAGGGGCCUCAGAGUGUUAGUGCACGGUUUGGAAACAUGACAGGUUUAGAACAGGGGAUGAUUGUCAGUAAUGAACCUGGAUAUUAUGAAGACCGGGCCUUUGGCAUUCGUAUUGAGAAUCUUUUAAUUGUACGGGAGCAAAUGACAGCGAAUAACUAUGGAGGGGUGACAUUCCUUGGGUUUGAGCGAUUGACGUUUGUACCCAUUCAGACAAAGCUGCUGGACCUGGAAAUAAUGUCGGAUCAAGAAAUUAAGUGGCUCAACGACUAUCAUGCUGAAGUUUUUAGGAAGGUAUCUCCUCUGGUGAAAGGAAAUGCACGGAGGUGGUUGGAGGAGAACACCAGACCAAUCGGAAAAACUGGGAAAUCCAGCAAGCCUGAAGAGUUGAUCACCGCCUCAAAGUGACACAUUAGUUUCCUCUUGCAGAAAUCCAACUUCUGGGUUAUUAUUGGACUGUAUUGUUAAGCUUGUCAUAAGUCUUUUAGAUUAUUUUUUUCAAAAAUUUCGCUUAUUCAAGCAUCAAUCUAAAGAUGACAGAAAUGCACCUAAUUUUGGAUCACCCUUAUUACUCACAGAAUCUCAGGAAGAGUGUACUGGAUGUUUACAGUGAACCUUCGACGAAUGAAAAGCUUAGGUUGAUCAUCAA